CUCCCGACGUGCAGAUCUGCCACAUCGAGAGACAGCACAGUCCAAGGUAACACAGGAGAUCUACCCCGGAUAAAGAUAUACACGACCAUGGUGAAGGGAAAGGCAUGGGUGUUGGCGAAGGCUUUCGAGGGGGAGCCCACGGAGGCCAAUUUCCGCCUCAUCGAGGAAGAGAUUCCGGCCCCCAAGCAGGGAGAGUUUGUGACUGAGGCAAUAUGUCUGACUGUUGAUCCAUAUAUGAGAACCGGCAUGGCUGGGUCGGCUGUAGGAAAUGUGCUGAUGGGAGAACAAGUCUCAAGAGUGACUGAGAGCAAAAACAGCCAGUACCCUGUUGGGGCACUCGUCCAGUGUUACAGUGGGUGGCGGAGCAGGUCGUUGGUCAACCCCAAAGAAAACCCCGAGGCUCUCAAGCUUCUUAAAGUGCCCAACCUCGGUGGCAAAGACCCGUCUAUAGCUCUUGGAGUCAUUGGGAUGACAGGAGUGACGGCGUAUCUAGGUUUCCUGGAGGUGUGUCAGCCCAAAGCUGGGGACACGGUGCUGGUCAGCGGGGCAGCAGGGGCAGUAGGCAGUGUGGUUGGACAGAUCGCCAAGAUCAAGGGUUGCAGGGUGAUUGGGUCUGCCGGAUCCAAGCAGAAGUGUGAUUGGUUGAAGAGUCUUGGGUUUGACUACGUGUUCAACUAUAAGGACGUAAAACUGGACGACGCACUUAAGGCUGCUGCACCAAAGGGCAUCGACUGUUUCUAUGACAACGUCGGUGGUGAAAACGCCUACCGCGUGCUGGAGCACAUGAACAACUACGGACGGAUGUGUGUGGGAGGUGCCAUUUCCACCUAUAACACCGGCAAGGAACCAUUGGUGCCGUCACCAUUCCGCAACAUCCUCAAAAAGAGAUUAAAAGUACAGGGAUUCGUCAUUUUUGACUGGGAUUCCAAAUUUCAGGAGAGCAGAACCCAACUUCUUAGAUGGGUAAAUGAGGGCAAGCUCAAGUACAGGGAGACGGUUCAUAAAGGAUUUGAAAACAUGCCAAAGGCAUUCGUGUCCCUGUUCUCCGGAGCGAACACCGGCAAGAUGAUCGUGAAGGUUUAGCCCAAUCUACCCAAGCAUAAGCAUUGUCAAUAUGUGCACGGGUGCGAUGGUGUAGCCAAUUUCUAGUGUCCACGCCCACCCCCACCCACCCACCCCUUGAAAUUGCUGGAAUAUUGCAACACGUGGCCUACUUCAGUGAUUUCACUGAGAAAAUAUAUUCCGUUCUGAUUCAUGCUUAUUGCAAAUAACUGCUUGCUUGUCCAUUCUAGCGAAUAUGUAAUGAGAUCAUAGUAGACGGUACAUGAUACCGCAAGAACAUACUUGUAGGUUGUUAUAUUUGGUGUGUUUUUUUACAUAGGCCAUGACUGACUACAGCCAUAUGGAAAAAAAUCGGUUCUUCUUUAUAACAGGCCAUCACAAAUAAACUGUAGUCAUAA